AUGUCUGCCCCAAUCAACAAGGAAAAGGUCCAGGAACAACCUCAAGAAAUUCUCAAGAUCAGAAUCACCUUGACUUCCACCAAGGUCAAGCAAUUGGAGAAGGUCUGCUCUAACAUCAUCAACAAUGCCACCCAAAACGACAUUGUUAAGAAGGGUCCUGUUAGAUUGCCAACCAAGGUCUUGAAGAUCACCACCAGAAAGACUCCUAACGGUGAGGGUUCUAAGACUUGGGACGCUUACGAGAUGAAGAUCCACAAGAGAGUCAUUGACUUGCAAGCCCCAGCUCAAAUCGUCAAGAAGAUCACCCAGAUCACUGUUGAGCCAGGUGUGGAUGUCGAGGUUACCGUUGCUGCUUAA